UGCCCACAUGAUUGUCGUGCACUUUGCCUCGUCUCCUUCAUAAAUUACUUUCCUCUGCAUCGUUUUUUGUCUCCUUUUACUCUUUAUUUUUUGCAGAGAGAGCGAAAAAGACAGUUCAAAAAGACAAGCAACGAUAAAAAUAGAUUCAAAAAAAUGGCGGAGUGAGUCUGGAAGAUCCAAAAACUGUUCCUCAAAUUCUAUUUCUUUGUCCCCAUUUUUGUUUUCGAUUUGAACCCAUUUGCAGCUAGCAAGGGAUUAAAAAGAAAUUUACAAAUCUUAAUGUGUUCUUGAAGAAUGGAAAAUAGACAAGGGAUGAAGGAUAUUGUUCUUCCGAUUCUUGUUCUGCUUGUUUCUCUUCGUAAUCCUUUAUGGGUUUUUGCUGCUGCACCAGAUGGUCUUGUUCACUGGACUGAUGACACUAUCUCCCCUGUUUCUGCUUCCGUGGCAGCGUUUUCUCCAGGAAUUCAACAGGAAGGAGGUGAAACUAAAGACCACAACAAAAUGCUUAUCCAUAAGAAACUACUCAUUGCACUCAUUGCUGCUUGUGUUUCCAUGGCUGGCAUCAUUUUAUGUUCUUUAUGUCUGUACAUUUAUCAGAGGAAGUUCUCCCACAAGCCAAAGGGAAACAAUGUUAAGAACUCAGAUGCCGAGAAUGGAGUCUCAUUAGCUCCAUUUUUGAGCAGAUUCAGCUCAACUAGGACCUCAGCAAGAAUGUCCCUUAAGAAGGGAUUUGUUCCAUUUAUUGAUUUUAGGACACUAGAAAAAGGAACCAACAAUUUCAAGGAGAGUAAUAUUCUGGGUCAGGGUGGAUUUGGAUGUGUUUACAAGACUCGGCUGGAUAAUAACAUUCUAGCUGCUGUUAAAAAGCUGGAGUGCAGCAGCCAGGACGCCGAGAAAGAAUUCCAGAAUGAGGUGGACUUGUUGGGUAAGAUUCAACAUCCCAAUAUAAUUUCACUCCUUGGUUAUAGUUCUAAUGGAGAGUCAAGAUUCAUUGUGUAUGAGUUGAUGCAAAAUGGUUCAUUGGAAACUCAAUUGCAUGGACCUUCGAAUGGAUCUGCAUUAACAUGGCCAAUGCGCAUGAAAAUUGCUCUUGACACUGCAAGAGGAUUAGAAUAUCUGCACGAGCACUGUAACCCACCAGUCAUCCAUAGAGAUCUGAAAUCAUCUAAUAUACUUUUGGAUUCUAACUUCAACGCGAAGCUUUCAGAUUUUGGUCUUGCUGUCACUGAUGGUUCUCAGAACAAUAAUAACCUUAAGCUUUCAGGCACACUCGGUUAUGUAGCUCCAGAGUAUCUUUUAGAUGGGAAGUUGACGGAUAAGAGUGAUGUAUAUGCAUUUGGAGUGGUGCUUCUGGAACUUCUACUGGGAAGAAGACCGGUGGAGAAACUGGCACCGGCUCACUGCCAAUCUAUAGUCACAUGGGCCAUGCCUCAGCUUACUGACAGAUCCAAACUUCCAAACAUCGUUGAUCCUGUCAUAAGAGAUACAAUGGAUCUCAAGCAUUUAUACCAGGUUGCAGCAGUAGCAGUUCUUUGUGUGCAGCCGGAACCAAGCUACCGCCCUCUCAUCAUGGAUGUUUUGCACUCUCUAGUACCUCUCGUUCCUCUAGAGCUCGGAGGAACACUUAGAGUCACACAACCUGCACAGCCUGUAUGUGAUACCAUGUCUUGAGGACAAUGAUAUAUAUAGUUCAAGAUUGUCCAA